CAUAAUCCGUGGGAACUUUCGUCGCAACUGAGCUCGUAACGUCAACCUUUCAUCUCAUCCAACUCACAACAUCCUCCAUAUCGAUCACACACAGAACUCUGCCGCAAGCUCGAGCGUCGCGCCGACGACCACGACACCAUGCUCAAAACCCGUCGCAGCGCAAUGCACCUCUGCAAAACAGCGCUCAGCAAACUCAAAAUCGAUCCACCCACCACCGCUGUGCGCGUCGGGCCUGAUUCCGCCACCAGCCCAACCCAGUCACUCAAAGAUGAACGCAAGGCGAGCGGUGACAAUGACUACUCCCGCCUCCACCCAUUAUCGGCGCCACUGAGCCCGGAUAGACUGUCGGUGCUGACGGCCACGAACUCGCGGUGUGGGUCUGAUACGCCCUUGCUCCUUUUCAUUGAGAAUGGGAGUAGUGAGAGCUUCAGGCCACUUUCGGCGACGGGAGAUGGAUCCGGAAGGCAUCCGAUGCAUGUUGCGCAACAGGAGGGGCUGAGUUUGAAUGCGUCUCCUGGGCUGGAUGAAGAGGAUGUCUUUGAUGAUGAGAAUGAAUUCGUUCCGCCCAACAGCCCACCCGGUACACCACCCCCAACCCCCGCUGACAUCCUUUCGCCUACCUACCUCCUUCUCCCCGGCUCAUCCCCGUACACCCGAACCCAAUCCCUCGACACGGAGACACCCAGUCCCGCACUGUCUGCGUGGGCCGACGGAACUUGGGCCAAGUUCCGUCGCUACGGCCCAGGCACGCCGGUGUGGAACCCGACUGAAAGGUCGCUUGCUGCUUUGGAAGAACGGGCUGCGAUGGAUGGGCAGAGUGAUGAGACUGGUGAUGCGCGCCCAGAGCCUAUCAGGGAAUCCAUGACCGUCGAACGACAGGUGCAAUAUCAGAAUGCACAGGAUCAGGACCAGCCUCAGACCGAUACUGAUAUGAAGCACCCACCCCAGUUCGAUACCGAAAAGCAAGGCUACCGCCCAACCCUCCGCCGGCACCUAACCCGCCUCCUCUACCGGCCCCGCGCUCACUCACCUCAAACCAUGCCCCCGACCUCCAUCCCAACCAUCUCUCUAACACGCACCCCCUCCUUCCGACGCCUCCGCCGCCGCCGUGCUCUCCCCGCCGACACCGCCAUCCGCGGGGUGUAUCGCCCGACGCCUGUGAGUGGGUCGUUUUCGUCUAGUCGGACUGAAAUUGGCGAUGUUAUGGCGUGUGGGGUUGGGAGCGACGCCGAGGGCGAGAGGAAAGGGGGAGCGGUGAGGGAGAGUGUGGGGUCAAAGACGAGUGUUGGUGUGACGAGACGCAGGAGGAAGUGGUUUGGGUUUUGGAGGGGGCUCCUUCGUGGGAGGGGAAAGAAGUAGAACGUUUGAGUGCUCUGGUGGUUGAUUUGAGUUAUGUUUUCUUUUCGUCGUUCUCAUUCGUUGAACCGCUAUCGUUCUGUUGUACAGUUGUUCUUUUCAUAUUCCCCAUUUGCACAUACAGUAGCAUUUUAGGUGUGGUGCCUGCUAUCCGAGACGCUCCUCUUUCGUUUUACGGUUCUAGAUACCUGUUCAUUCUGUGUACAUACUUUCGUCUCCCACA